AAAAUUGCAAAAGAUAGUAAAUCAAAAUGCUCACAGCAACUCGUUGAUCAAGUAGUCUAAUAAACAUAAAACCUAGUCUAGGGCGUGAGGUUCAGGGAGUGAAACGAUUAACCUAUAACGCGAUCGGAGCAGCAACAAAGAUUUGAUCUUCAAUUAUUGUAUCAGAAUGGAACCUGGAACAGAUAACCCAAGAUACUCUGGAGAGUUAUUGAAGCAUAUGGACAAGCAGAAUGAGGUCCUUGUGGAAGCACAUAAAACAAUGUUGCAUGAAUUGGAAAAACUUCAGGUAGAAGAAGAAAUGCUUAUGCGCAAGCUUUAUGAAGUUAUGUCAGCUCAUGGUCUCACUAAACAGAAUGAUGGCAAUUCCAACACUUCCUAUAAUACUGCAGGAACUGAACACUCCAAUGAGGUGGUCAAUGCAGCGCAUGAGGGACAGUAAGGACAUAAUUUUGCUUGAUUCACUCAGAGAUUCGGGCUUAAGACCAAACUGUCUUAGGGGGAUGAAAUAAAGCCUUUUUUUGUUUUUCUUUGUGCAACAUUUGAUGAAACUAAAACCAAUUUUGUUUUUAUCAGCGGAACGCAAGAAUUAUAAAAUUUUCAACUUCAUUAUAUCUAAUGUACAAAAGAUUUGCGCCU